CGUUUUAGUCAUCAACGUAAUUGCUCGAUCUCUCCAAAUCCUUUCUUCUGCUGGGUUCGUCUCCGAAACCUUAGUUCCUGAGCUUUUUGACCGUUUGUUUCCCUGGAAAAUUUAGAAGCCGAAAGAUGCAAGGGUGGUUUUCGAUGAGCGGAAAUAGCAGCGGAGAUCAGCCGCAGAAUAAGGAGCAAACGGGGACAUCUCUCCUCGCAGAUUGGAAUUCUUACGCUGCUUCACAAGAUGCGGAGGCUGGAAGCGGCGGAAGCUUCGGAUUUGAUAUCGAAUCCGCCGUUAGAUCUGCCAACGAUACUGUUUCCGGCACCUUCAGUGUGGUUUCCAAAGGAGUUAGAGAUCUACCCGGGAACCUGCAGUCGGCGACCAGCAGUAUGCCUUCAGGAAAAGCUCUGAUGUACUUUGGUCUGUUUCUUGCAACCGGUGUAUUCUUCAUUUUCCUCGCUUUUACAAUGUUCCUUCCGGUCAUGGUGAUCAUGCCUCAGAAAUUUGCCAUAUGUUUCACCCUCGGAUGCGGAUUUAUCAUUGGAUCGUUCUUCGCUCUCCGUGGCCCACAAAAUCAGCUUGCGCAUAUGUCAUCCAGAGAGAGACUUCCUUUAACCUUAGGCUUCAUUGGAACAAUGGUCGGUACCAUAUACGUAUCAAUGGUGCUCCAUAGCUACAUCCUCUCGGUUCUCUUCUCCGUGUUGCAGGUUCUUGCGCUGGCUUACUACUGUAUUUCCUACUUCCCGGGUGGAUCAUCCGGAAUGAAGUUCCUUAGUUCCGCUCUCACGUCCUCCGUACUAAGAGUUUUCGGGCGAUGAUCUUGCUUCCACAAUCCGGAAAAACGUAUUUCCCCGAUGUAUAAAGAUCUCAGAGAAAGAAAAAAAAGGCUUAUCGAGGAGGUGUUGAUGAUGUUACUGCAAUUUCUUACAGGUUCUUUAUCAACAGAGGAUGUCUGCCUCAGCUUUGGUAUGAGAAUUCUGCCUUCAGAUACCGCCUGUUAGAGAAUCUGCUUCUGUCUCUUUUGUUAGAACAUCUGGUUUGCCUAAUCAAUCACAAAACCCAUUCGCCUUGGUUUGGCUUUCAAGAACAACCUCAUCUUGUUAUUAAUAUUAUAGUUUGUGUUAAUA